UCGAGUUUGUUUGGCCGAAUUUCGUGGAGAACGAUAGUUCCUUGUCGGACCUCUCCGGUCGACCUAUACAUUAACAAACAUCCGGUUCGAAAUUUCAAUCUAGCACGUCGAGUUGUUGAUAUCGUCGCGUCGGGCGAGAAUUGCAUUCUUCGUUUUCGGUGAUCUUGUGUGCGGUGUGCUUUUGUUUAUCGUGUGGAGCAGUUGCGGUUGGCUGUGACAGAUGAAAAUAUAUUGUUGAGAGGAUAUGCUUGUGGCGGUAUGUCACGGAGAGUUGGUUCUAUCUAGAUAUGACAGUAAUCGGAGAGAAAUAUGUAGACGAAAUAUGCGUUGAGGGGUGCGCAGGAGCAGUGGCCGGAGAGGAUUCAAGUUACGAUUCUGACUAUGAAAACGAUCCACCGACCAGGCAUCAGGAUGUCUCUCGAACAACCAGCGAUACCUUGGCGGCCGAGUACGCCGAAUAUGUGCAGUCGGCGCCAGAAAUAUCUUCCGGAUAUACAGCCAGGGUAGAGUUUGCUUUGAAACUGGGCUACACGGAGAAAUUAGUUCAGGCUGCUUUGCAAAAGUUGGGUUCAUCUCCUACACAAAACGAACUCCUAGCGGAGCUCAUCAAAUUGGGAGCGCAGAAAGGCAGUUCCUGUGAUAGCAGUCCUAAUGAAAGUACUCUGGACAUGGUAUCUUUCCAGAUGGAGGCUGGCGAGGGAACUCAAUCGUUACGCCCGAUAGUCAUUGAUGGUAGUAAUGUGGCGAUGAG